GUAAUGAAUAAUGUGGAAUACAUGAUCGUGAAAAAUGAUGAAUAAUUCGGUCGAGAUCAUGUUUCAAAUCUUUUGGCAACCUUCAGGUGGGUAAACAAACAUUCCGUUCUUUAAAAUUCGACCAGAAAAUGCUUAGCGCUCAAAUAGUUUGAGCUAUAUUAUUUGCUGUUGCUGAAAAUCAAACUAGGUUUGGCGAACAUAAUUGAUCCUUUUUUAAAAAACUAUGAGCUACUGUGCGACCCGGGUGUGUGAGUAAUAUAUCGGAUGAUUCAGCGAGUAAACACUGUCUAACUUGAUUUGAUCGAACAAUAAAAUUAAUUCUCAAGGUCGCACAAAACUACGCCCACUGAAUUUUCCUUGUAUUCCGUAAUUUGCAGACCCUUUCUGGCUCAGAUUAUAGUUGAAAUACAAACUUCAAUUCAAGAUGAGCAGAGAAUACGUAACAUUGGGUGUUCAACGAGAAUCGCUGCUAAACAAUCCACUUCUACAAAAGUCUGAACUUGGGAGGCCACUAAGACGCUGCUUCACCCUACCCGCUGAUGGGUUCACUUAUGGAAAACCAAAUGAAGGGAAGGACAGUGGUGCUGCUGAUGCUCUAGUAUGGAGAUCAGCUCCUCUCGCUCCACUUUAUCUGAAAGAGAAAAAGGCACCAAGAGAUUUUAUUGGCUUAAACAAGGGAGCAGUUCAAGCAGGUCUCACAACAGCUCAGGAACAUUUUCAGUAUCGUGCGACUCAUGACAUGAGGAGAAAAGAUUCUGGCAAUGAGAAGACAUCACUAAAGGUCAAACGGAUACCGCCUACAAUGGUAUUCGGAAUUCCUACAAAGCCUUCAACUCCAGUUUAUGAUCUCCUGGGACACAAAUACCAGGACCGUUGGUUAGAGGAAAGACGUAAAGCUGAGGAGGCCACAAGAGCUAGACAAGAGCAAAAGAGACACGUUGAUAAGACCAUCUAUGAGACAAGGACUUCACUGCUCCGAAAAUAUCAACCUCCUGUUGAUCCAGCUCCACUGUGGCAAAUGCCAAAGUUUCAAAAGAUCCCAGCUUUUCUCAGCACCUUUAGAUCAGACAAAGCCAAAGAGAGUGCUUUUGAACAUCACUCGACAGACAGCACUUCACGCCAAGGAGCCUUUGGCCAUGGAAUAUACGAACCUGCUAAAAGCUAAAUACUAAUAAAUUGACCCUGAUUGCAUUUUUAACUUAAAGAGUGAAAAAUUAACAGUUUACAACCCUUGCAAAUAGUUUUUUAAUGUUGUGGUUUAAGGCAAAGUCCUAUAAUUCUCUUGCAUGUAUCUAUUGUGAUGAAGAUCACAGGUCUGGUGGACAAACAUUGAGUUGACACUGCCUGUUCUGUAUAAAGCUUUCAAACCUUUACUCUUUAAAUAGCAACAGAGAUAUCUGCAAGAUUGUUACUAGACUUUAUAACAACAUUAUACAAUCCUGGGAAUUUCAAAGUACAAUUAUUGUCAACCUUAAAACUCAGUAGAAUGUCAAAAUGGCCUGUGAUAUGACAUCUUAUCUCUUUCUCAACACAACAAAACUGCUCAAAACAAAUGUAAUUUAAUUACAUUUUUCAUAACAUUAACUCCGCAUAAUUUUUGGUCUCUUUUAACUCUUGAUCAAUACACUUGCUGUAAAUAAUACCGAUCAGAAUGAAAAAAUAAAAAUACCAAAUGAGUAGUUAAAUAA